AAAGCAAGCGGAGGAGGUGCUAGCAUAAUGUAAUGAGUUGAAGCUGGGUUGUUUUGAGCAGUAAAAAGUUGUUUAUUUCACUCUACGGUUGACCGAACAUUGGACCUUUGUGUUUACUUGGAGUUAUACAACGCUGGGAGAAAUGUAGGGGCUUUUCGGCCGCAUUUGUCUUUGCCUCACGAUGGAGGAACCUGCGACAAGAGAGUUGGAGAUGUCCCUGUCAGACGGUAACUCGGACGACGAAAUGCCCUCAACGUUACCCGCAGAGGGCAGCCACAGUGGGAGCAUCCGAAAGGGUUGUGAUCCUUUCGCCCAGACUCAGCGCAGUAAGCUGCAGCACCGGCGAGCUCGCAUCAACCAGCAGAUCAACAAGGAGAUGCGCAUGAGAGCCGGAGCAGAGAACCUUUUCAGAGCAACAACCAACAACAAGGUGAAGGAGACGGUGGCUCUGGAGCUCAGCUUCGUCAACUCGAACCUGCAGCUGCUCAAAGAGGAGCUAGAGGAGCUCAACAGCAACAUGGAGGUCUACCAGACAGACAGUGAGGCUAUCAACGUUCCCAUGAUCCCACUUGGAUUAAAAGAAACCAAAGAGGUGGACUUCACAGUUUCUAUCCAGGACUUCAUCUGUGAGCACUACGGAGAGGACAGCUCUCUGUACGACAAGGAGAUUAAAGAGCUUAUGGAGCUCAGACAGGCCAUGCGUACACCCAGUCGUAACCAGGCCGGCCUGGAGCUCCUGAUGGAGUACUACAACCAGCUGUACUACCUGGACCAGCGCUUCUUCCCUCAACACAGGAACCUGGGUGUGCACUUCCACUGGUACGACUCUCUGACAGGCGUCCCGUCGUGUCAGCGUACGUUGGCCUUUGAAAAAGGAAGUGUGUUGUUCAACAUCGGUGCCCUGUACACACAGAUCGGAGCACGGCAGGACCGCUCUGUAACAGCUGGCAUAGACCGAGCUGUAGAUGCCUUUCAGAGAGCUGCCGGUGCAUUUAAUUACCUUAAAGAGAAUUUCUCCAACGCUCCCAGUCUGGACAUGAGUGGUCCGUCGCUCUGCAUGCUGGUACGGCUAAUGAUUGCCCAGGUGCAGGAGUGUGUGUUUGAGCGUGUCACACUCACCACACAGGACACGCACUUCACUUCCCAACUCCGCCUGGCACAAGAGGCUGCACGGGUGUCAGACGUCUACAUUUUAGUGCAGCAGACCAUGACGCAGCCUCUGAUGAAGGACUACGUGCCGUUUUCUUGGGCCUCCAUGGUUCAGGUCAAAUCUGAACACUUCCGCGCUCUCUCGCACUACUACGCUGCUGUUGCACUCUGUGAUCACACGUUGUCUGCUGAGGAGGAUGAGGGUGAUAAGGAAGCAGAGAAGGCUUUCCUCCAGUUCUAUGUCAACGUACCUGCAGGGCCACCACUCAGCCAGGUGUUACGAGACCCUGAACAAAGAAGAAAGCUUGGUAAAGCUCACCUGCGGCGUGCUGUAAUGAGACAUGAGGAGGCCAUGCGUGUCCACAGUCUGUGUAAGAUCCUGAGGAAGAUGGACAUCCUGCAGGAUGUGCUGUCUCUCACACACAAACGCUCUUUGGACAAGUACUCGGAGCUGGACAGAGAGGACGACUUUGAUGAAACUGCAGAGGCUCCAGAGAUACAGUCUCAAACCCAUCAGAAACCCGAAAUCACUCCAAUCAACUUCUCUACAGUCCAAGUUACUGAUAUCUUCCAAAGACUGGGGCCUCUGUCAGUGUUUUGUGCACGUGCUCGCUGGGGUCCGGUACGUGUGAUCUGCCUGCAGAGGAGAGAGGGUGGACUGGGUCUCACGCUCAGAGGAGACUCCCCCGUCCUGGUGGCUGGAGUGGUGCCUGGAGGCUGUGCAGCGGAGGCCGGCUUAAGAGAAGGAGACUACAUAGUAGCGGUGGACGGACAGGACUGUAAAUGGGCCAAACAUGGCGAGGUGGUCCACAUGCUAAAGAGCUGCAGCGACAGAGGGGCAGAGCUCAGCGUGGUCACAUUACACUCCCAUGACACACAGGUGGAGAGGAGGGCCGUCAUGCUGUCUCUAGGCAGCGAUAAGGAAAACACGCGCCAGCGUCUGCUGGGUGGAGCUAAGGGCCAGAGCUCCGCCUCCUUGUUGAACUGGAACAGGAAGAAGAAGAGGGAGGGAGGGGGGGUCACUAAGAGACUAGGAAGCACUUUCAGUCUGUCGUUCGGGAGCAUAAGAGACACGGAGGCCAUGUACUGAGACACGAGGGCAGAGGAACCACUCAGGGAAUCACAGCAGCGGAGCACAAGGUACGAUCAGGACCGCGUUCAGACUGACAGUAGUGCUGCACCAGGAAGCAUCAGCAGGGGAUGCUGCCGCAGAGAGCUCUGACACAAAAGCAAAAGGUUAGUCCAGUAAAUUGUUCCUGGCUCCAGCACAGUCCAAUCAAAUAUGUGGAAGCACACAUACCAGGUAGAAAACCUUCUAACAUGUAGCUUUUUGCUAAUUGUUACCUUGCAAGAGUGACGAGCUAACUAUUUUUGCCAUUAUCAUUUUCCAGAGUUGGACAAUCUGCCUCUGAGGAGUAGCAGUACUCUGUGUAGUGAUGUGUACUUCACAGGAGUCUAAAUGUGCGUUGAGACAGAGUUCAAGGAAAGGUUUAAGAUGAGGGACUAGGAUUGGGCAUCGAGAACCGGUUCUUUCUGGAAUCGGUUCAAAAAUUACGAUUCCAGUAGAAUAGUUUCUUUAUUGUAAUCGUUUGGCAUCAUUUAGAGGAUUUGGUUUCAAAUUCGAUCAUCGCUUCCCAAUUUAAUAUGAGCAAGUUGUGGUUUCCGUAGCGGCCAGUCGCUUGUGUUGCAGCCAUGGAGCACAGUAAGCGGCGCUCUAGUGUGGCUUUAUUUUACGUUAAACUGCAACCCAUUGAAUAACAAUAAAACUUUCCUCUUAUUUGUGAAAAUAGGCAUGUGAUCCGUUUCAAUUGGAAUCAGAAUUGUUAAAAUCCAAACGAUGCCCGACCCUAUGCAGGUUUAAAAAAUCAUUUUGAGACAGGGCUCAAUUUGUAAAGUUUUACAGACGGCCACGCUGGUACGCCUGCUCUGCUUCCUGUUAGACUGGAAGCCACGGACUUCAACGUCAAUGAACUUUUUUGAGCCAACAAUUGAGACUAACAUUUAAAAAAAAAAAGUUACCCCAAACAACUAGUGACUAUUGACUAGUGAAUGGGUCAAUUAACCAACGGCUGACAGCCUCGCAUUUUAGUCUUAACGAUGCUCCCAGCUUGUGAAUGUUGAGGUCUGACAGGAAAUCAAAGAUCAUUUCCUGUUUUAGUUUUUUUAACCCAGAUUCAGACUGGCAGUCUUAAUAGUGCUUUUGGAGAUUACUCUAAACUGGAAUUGGGUUUAUCAAAAAAGUUUGUCUGACUUUAUUGACUAAGGUAAACACAUAACGCCUGUUCACAUGUAUUCUUUGAAGACCUCCACCCCUGUGACAUUGGAUACACCUCAGUCAUAUUUCCUGGUGUCGAUGCUUUAGAAAAGCAGAGAUUUGAUCACAUUCGCUCCCUUCGCAGCUGGCAAAAUCUUUAGUGAAUAAAAUAUUUUCCGAAAGCUCCUUUAUGGCCCUGACACACCAAGCUGAUAAUCGGCCAUCGUCUGGCGAGGUCGGUGACUCGAGUCUGUUUGGUGUGUUCCGUGCCAUCGGCCUUCAUCUUGGCUGACCUGACCUGCUGGGUCGGAGGGCGGGCAGUCGGACUCAAUGACCAAUCUGAUUGGUGGAGUGCUAACCCCGGAAAUGGUGAGCAUGAUGAGUGACGAGCAGCCUCUCAAAAUCAGAUGGAAAUCUUUUAAACUGACCUUUGUCGAUCUGAAAUGAAGACAGAUUCAGCAACUGCAUGGCCUAUUUCUCGCUAAAAAUGUUUUCAAAAACACGUUUCGGUGAACUAUUUUCGAAAAUACGAGAUCGUAUUUCGAACAAGCGGCCAUUAUCGGUCAGCUGGAGAAGCCAGACCCACGUGACGCGUUCGUCAUUUCCGGUUUUCAUUUUUUGUAUUACGU